CGAGGUUGGCUUCGAGGUUUUAACCUAUGGCAAAAGUACGAUCUGCAAAUGACAAUGACAAAAGCUGAAAAGGCAUAUUGUUUAACCUAAAUAUACCUGCAAUGAAACUCCAUUUAGCACUCCGCAAUGCUGCGAAGUUCCGAACCGUCUUUGACUUUGGAGAGCGGGAGGUGGCACAUUGGUUCCCAGGUCAUAUGGCAAAAGGAAUCAAGCAGAUGAGAGCCAAUGUGAAGAACGUAGAUUGCAUCGUUGAAAUACAUGACGCCAGAAUCCCAUUUUCAGGCAGAAACCCUCUGUUCCAGGAGAGUCUGGAUGUCAGACCCCACCUGUUGGUGCUCAACAAGAUGGACCUUACAGACCUGUCCAGUAAGCAGAGUAUCCUGAAGCAACUGGAGAGAGAUGGGGUCAAAAAUGUCCUAUUCACAGACUGCUUCAAGCAGAGAGAUGAGAACAUAAAAAAGUUGGUUCCUGUGGUGACUGAGUUGAUUGAGAGCCGUCCACGGUUCCACAGAGAGGAGGAUAGUAAUUAUUGCUUGAUGGUGAUUGGAGUACCAAAUGUCGGGAAGUCAUCACUAAUCAAUGCACUGAGGAGGAUGCAUCUUAAAAAAGGUAAAGCGUCAAAAGUGGGAGGGGAGCCAGGUAUAACCAAGGCAGUCCUCACCAAAAUCCAGGUGUGUGAAAGACCAAUCAUCCACCUUCUGGACACACCUGGAGUCCUUCCUCCCCGGAUCCAGAGUCUGGAGACGGGCAUGAAGCUGGCACUUUGUGGGACAAUAUUGGACCAUCUAGUGGGAGAAGAUGUCAUCGCUGACUAUUUACUGUUUUCUCUAAACCGGCUGGAGAAGUUUGGGUAUGUAGAGAAGUAUGACCUAAGUGAGCCGAGUGAUGACAUCCAGCAGGUCCUCAAACGUAUCGCUGUGAAGCUGGGCAAGACUCAGCGGGUUAAAGCCCUCACUGGAGUGGGUAACAUCACUAUCACAAUCCCCAACUACACGGCUGCAGCCUAUGACUUCAUCAGAACCUUCAGGAAGGGUGAGCUGGGACGAGUCAUGCUAGACUGACCCCAAACAGACUUCUCCCCGACAGACCCCCUGCAAAAGCAACAGAGAUUGAACACAGUCUACAACCAGGACACCUGUAAAGUCAACUCUCAGGGUGUGCUGUUUGGGUCAAACCUUAGUCACACGGUUCAGAGACAAAGCCACCUCUCCUCAGGUUGGUGAAGAAAGGAAGAGGAUUCAAAAGGCAUUAUCCACACUGUCCUUUAUCAUAGGGUAAUCUCAAACAGCAUUUCUGUCUCGAAAUCUCAGACUUCUCAUAACAUCUGUGUACAUAAGAUAUGUUUAUUACCACAAAGACAGGGUGACAAUAAUAAAUGCUGUAUUUUUAUGUACAGUACAGUGUCUUGUUUACACAGUUUUUUGUAUAGUAAUAUAGGCAGCAUAAUACCUAGGGCUCCCCCAUAACAUGGAAAACCUGGAAAAGUUGCACGCUUUGUAAAUUGUGAUUUGCAGACCUGUAAAGGUCAUGGAGACAAACAUAAAACAUUCACCUCUUUAUUUUUUUGUUGUUAGUUUUUUAACACAUAAGCUUACCCACAUGAGUGCACAGUAACAUCUGUUUGGAGACCUAUGUUGGAUGAACCUAAUUUAUGCUCACUUAGAAAUGUACAUGCAAAAAAGUAAUGGAAAUAAUGUGUGGUCAAACGUAGAUAAAUACUUGGAUAAAGACAUUGCUCCUGA